UGUAUCAAUUUAAAGAGAUAUACCAGGGUUUCAAUUUCAAAACUAAUUCAGGACUAAUUUGCUUUGUAAAUCGCCUACAAUGUCUGUGAACACAUAGCUAGAUAGAGUGCAACUAAACCUAUGCGUAGCCUAUGUUGUAAGAUAGUUAAUUAAGGCAAUAGCCUAUAUAUAGCCUACUUUAUUGUCUCUCAUAGGGGGAAUAGUUGGGCAAGUGCUGCUGCAUAGCCUACAUUCACCCAACAUACAGCACACAACUUGCACUGUAGACACUGUAGCCUAUAGCCAACAUAUCUGAGGUAUACGGUUACAGACAGCCGGAUAUAACUAAAUGUUGUUGUUAUUUUAGUCAUCAUACUCCAUGUUCACCUGCUAUGACCUUGAUAAACCCAUCUGUAGUCUGCUUAAGAAUAGCCCCUUUUAAACUUUAUCUCUGAAGAGCCAAAUCAUUUUUUUUUAAUCUCUUGUUUUCACUUAACCAUGUAGAUGUGUUAUCCUUUUAUAGCUACCUUUUUACUUGUGAAUAUUGUAAUCAAAAAGUGCAUAUUGUAACCUCUGUCAUAAGCUAUCAAAACAUUGGAAGCCACAUCCCUACUUGCAUGUCUCGUCAUGUGAACAAUGCUCAUGACAUAAUACUUGUUUCUAGCUACUCAAGUUUAUUGGCCUAAUAUCAACAAAGAAAAAACACAAAGUUACUAUAAACCAAUGUGGUACCAUGCAGACACACAAACUGCACUAGUACCCCUGUUAAUACUGGACACAUUAACCUCACGUGUGUUUCCUCUUGUUUCAGUGAGCAGCAGCAGUAGCAGCAGUGGUGGUGCUUGGGCGCUGACGGUAAAUGCAUAGCCGUCACCAUGCCCCCAGGGAAGUAUGGGAUGCAGGAGGAGUGGGAGAAGGAGGAGGCGGGGGACCAAAAGAUCAUGAUGGACUUCCUGCUGCCCACUGGGAUCUUCCUCAAAUUCCCAGUGUCUCGGAACGACACCAUUAAAACCAUCAAAAAGAUGGUUUGGAAGAAUGCCAGAAGCGAGGCCUUGUUCUCAGCUCUGGGCGACCCUGAUGCUUAUGUCUUCACCUGCAUUAACCAGACAGCUGAGCGAGAGGAGCUAGAGGAGGAGUCCCGCCGCAUCAGUGACGUACGCCCCUUCAUGUGUGUCCUCAGACUAGUAGCCAGAGAGGGAGACCGUGUGGAGAAACUCACCAAUGCUCAAAUCAGCCUUUUAAUCGGAAAAGGUCUGCAUGAGUUUGAAGCCCAGAAGAACCAUGAGGUGAAUGAGUUUCGGACAAAGAUGCGAGCGUUUUGUGAGGAGAAGGCUUUGGACCGGCAGCUGUUGCCAUGGCACCAAUGGAUGGAGUACAGUUUCCCAUGUGACCUGGAGCCCUGCUGCUACCCGCCUGACGAAGGGAGCAACAGCAAGAUCAAAAACACCAAAAAAAUCUUUGUCAACAUAAAGUUUGAGUCAUCAGAUGAGAGCUUCAUGCUGCAGCAGGAUCCCCAGGACAUGCCAGUGUCUCUGGUGAAGAGUGCUCUGAAGAAAAAGGCCACAGUUUUCCGCUCAAUUCGACAGGAGCCAGGGGACUACACCCUCCAGGUCAACGGCAGGUGGGACUUCAUCUACGGGGACCACCCUCUCUGCCAGUUUAAAUAUAUCUUUAACUGUCUAAGAAAUGGCCAGAACCCUCAGCUUACUGUGGUCCACCACUCGACCAUCACGAAAUACCAGGAGGAGCAGGGUCGAAUGUGCAACCAGGUUUUUAAAAGCCGCUCUGUGUCCAGACCCCCUCCACUGCCUCUUAAGAAACAAAAUACGUCGUCUCUAUGGUCCAUAAGUGAGCCGUUCCACAUUCAGCUACUGCAGGGGAGCCGCGUGAACGCAGAUGAAGGCAUGAAGCUGGUGGUCCAGGCGGGUCUGUUCCAUGGCAGUGAGCUCUUGUGUAAAGUGGUGACAAGUUCAGAGGUCACGGUGUGUUCGGAGCCACUCUGGGACCAAAAACUGGAGUUUGACAUCAACGUUUGCGACCUGCCCCGAAUGAGCCGCCUCUGCUUCGCUCUGUACGCAGUCAUCGAGAAGACCAAGAAGCCCCGUGGUACCAAGAAGAAGAACAAGAAGGCAGACUGCCCUAUUGCCUGGGUCAACACCAUGGUUUUUGACUACAAGGAUCAACUAAAGACUGGAGAGUUCCUUCUGUCCACUUGGCCCUCGGUUCCCGAUGACAAAAGUGACCUAUUGAAUCCAAUGGGGACAGUUGAGAAGAAUCCCAAUGUAGACAGUGCCGCUGGGCUGCUCAUUCGCUUCCCCAACAUCAGACCACAUCCUCUCUAUUACCCACCACUUGACAAGAUCACGGAUAUGGAAAAGAAUGGUGAUGCUUCAGCUGUCUCUAAAGAUGAGUUAUUGAGGCUGAAAGAAAUAAUGGACAACAAAAACUACACUGAGUUUUUUGAGGAUGAGAAGGAAUUGCUAUGGAAGCUGAGAUAUGAAGUCCGAGAUCAUUAUUCUGAAAGUCUGUCCAAACUGCUGCUCAUCACCAAGUGGAACAAACGAGAGGAUGUAGUCCAGAUGGUGAGCUUGCUGAAACACUGGCCCGACCUUCCAGCUAUCCAUGCCCUGGAGCUCCUGGACUACAGUUUUCCAGAUCCAGCUGUCCGCUCUUUCACAAUACGAUGCCUCAAAAAACUCAGUGACCGUGAGCUGUUGCAGUACCUCAUCCAGCUGGUACAAGUCCUGAAGUACGAGUCUUAUCUCGACUGUGACCUCACAAUGUUUCUCCUGGAGCGCGCUCUAUCUAACCGCAAGAUUGGACACUUCCUGUUUUGGCAUCUCAGGUCAGAGAUUCAUGUGUCCUCAGUUGGUUUGAGGUUUGGCCUUAUUCUGGAAGCCUAUUGCAGGGGAAACAUCCACCACAUCAAACUUCUAACAAAACAGAAUGAAGCUCUGAGUAAAAUGAAGGCGCUCAGUGACUUUGUGAAGUCCGGUUCACAGAAGAUGACAGCAGAGGACCUAAAGCUGUGCAUUAAACAGGAGUCUUAUGUGGAGGCUCUGUCCGACCUGUUAUGCCCCCUUAAUCCCAGCAUCAUCCUCACAGAGAUAUGUGCAGAUAAAUGCAGGUUCAUGGACUCCAAAAUGAAGCCUUUGUGGAUGAUGUACAGGAAUCCAUGUAUUCAAGGGGAAAUGGUGGGAAUCAUAUUCAAGAAUGGAGAUGAUUUACGGCAAGACAUGUUAACCCUUCAGAUGAUCCACUUGAUGGAAAAUCUGUGGAAGAAAGAGGGAUUAGAUCUCAGGAUGAUCCCGUAUGGUUGCCUAUCCACCGGGAACAAAAUGGGUUUAAUUGAAGUUGUGAAAAACUCAGACACUAUUGCUAAUAUUCAACGCAACAACAGUAACAGUGCAGCCACAGCUGCCUUCAACAAGGACGCCCUACUCAACUGGCUCAAAUCCAAAAAUCCCGGGGAUAAACUAGAUCAAGCGAUAGAGGAGUUUACUCUGUCAUGUGCUGGCUACUGUGUAGCUACCUAUGUCCUGGGGAUUGGAGAUCGUCACAAUGACAACAUCAUGAUCAGAGAAACUGGACAGCUCUUUCACAUUGACUUUGGACAUUUCUUGGGGAACUUCAAACGCAAGCUGGGUAUCAACAGAGAGCGAGUGCCUUUCAUUCUGACAUACGACUUUGUCCAUGUAAUUCAACAAGGACGCACCAACAACAGCGAGAAGUUUGAGAGGUUCAGAGAAUACUGUGAAUGGGCCUAUAAGAUCCUAUGUCGUAAUGGGACACUGUUUGUGAACCUCUUCGCCAUGAUGAAGGCGGCGGGACUGCCCGAGCUCACCUCAUUCAAAGACAUUCAAUAUCUUAAGGAUUCUUUAGCUUUGGGCAAAUCUGAGGACGACGCUCUCAAGAAUUUCAAAGUGAAAUUUAAUGAAGCUCUACGAGAAAGUUGGAAGACCAAGGUGAACUGGAUGAUGCACUCUUUGGCCAAAGACAAUAGACCUUGAUCACACAGGACCAAGCAAACAAAGUAUUUUAACUUAUAUAAGUGUAAAUUUAAAGUUAUUUUAAAUAAGGGCAUUUCUGGAAACUCAAAUGUUUACAUCUGACUGGCCAGUGAGCAUCACAACAGAGCAGUCUGCAGCCACAGCUCCAUAAAGACUGGAGGUCCGUCUUUACAUUCUCCAGGAGGCAGUGAAUGCCACAUUGGGUAUUCAUGAGAUAUGUAUUAUUAUUAUUAUGAGCUGAUUUAUUACAAAACUCAGUUGAAGGUUUUAUGGGUUUACAAAGUGUUGAUGGUUCUAAUUUGAACCUGAUUUCUCCUUGAUGUUAUGUAUUUUUGUUGUAUUUUAUUUAAUCUUCAUGGUUUGUACACAGAUUGUAUUCAGUUAAAAUCCUGCCUGGAAGAGAUGCCAUUGCUGUGCAUACCAAAAGGCCUAUAUAUGAAAUAGCUACUUGUUGAACAGAAAUGUCUCAGGAGACAGAUGUUACUGCAGCUAAUGAUCUUAUUAGUCCAAGACAAUCUUAGUUUGAACCCUAGACUCAUGUCUGUGCCUCCACAAUAAGGAUUGUGCAUUGAGACCUUUAUCAUGAACAUUCAAGUGAAUCACUUAAUAUGAUGGAGUGCAAUGUUGUUUUAUGCGAACACUGUGAUUUCAUUGUAUUUUUAAGUAUUCAGUUUAGAGGGAGCCAGUGCCAGUGAUGUACAGUGCCAUUUAACUUUAACAAGCUCACCCAACCAUGGCCUACUUAAGUGUUUUAGGUUUUUUUUUUUUUUGAAGUAUAGCAGCCAUAUUAUAUUAAACAGGGUGUAACCUUGUAGUCCUGGAAGGACAACUUGAAUUAAAUGUAUGCAUUGUCUGCCAUUAAAAAGUGCCACUGUUUAAAACUGGAACACACAUACUCAAAUGUUGACAUCUAAUGAAGGGUAGUCCCCAAAUUAUUAUGUCAUAUGGUACAUAAAUGUGAAUGUAAAACAUUGCCUGAUCUUGUGCAGCUAUUCUAUCCAUAGGCUAUAAACAUUGUCAUUGUAA